AUGGCAGAAGCAGCGAAUUCACAACCGGAAAAGAAAGCCGGCAUUAUUAUCUUGGGAAACGCCGGCUCUGGAAAGAGUUUCCUCUGCAAUGUUCUCAUUGGCACUGACCGCUUCAAAUCUAAUUUCGAUCCUGGAGCAGUGACAACGGAAACAGAACACCAACGUGUCAAGAUUCAUGGAAAAUAUCUAUACAUCUUCAAUAUUCCCGGGUUGAUUGAUUUGAAUGACGACCGAAUCAAACAGAACAAAGAAGAGAUCGAGAAAGCAUUUAAAGCGUGCCCUAACUCGCUUGUUCUUUACGUUUGGUCACAUGUCGGUGGUCGUUGUCAAAGAGAUGAUGUCAUUGCCUUCAAAGCACUGUAUGAAGCCUAUAAGUUUCCGAAAGAUUCCCUUGCAUUCGUCGUCAACAAUUUAGACCCUAUCCGACCGGAAGGCUACGACGAAAAAUUCAUGGUUACCCUCAAAGUAGCUCUUGCGCCUCAAACGUUUCCCGCAAGCGACUUUGUCUUCAUUGAAAAAAUUGAACCUAACAACCCAGAAACACAAGAGAAGAUUAAAGAUGCACGUCUCACGCUUAUGCAAUUGAUCAUAGGACAUCAAAUAGCUCACCAAACUGAAUACGGAAAAAUUGAUCUUGAAUCAAAAGAAAUCAAAAAAAUCCGUGAUGAAUUCAAGGAAAAACAAGACGCACUUCUACAGGAUCAAAAAGCCUUGACGACGAAAAUGAACGAAAUGAAAAUAAUUCUCAAAAAGCGAGAAGAAGAAGCGAAUCAACGAAUCGAACAAUUGCAAACAGAGUUGGCAAUCCGUGAAGAAAAAACAAACAGACAUAUUGACCGAUUGACGGCACAGUUGAAAGACAAGGAAACGGAAAUGACGAUGAAUCUUAAAGAGCGUGACGAAAGAACGAACAAACAAAUUCAAGAAUUGAAGACAAAGUUGCAAGCAAAGGAAGAACAAAGAAGAAAAGAUCUCAAAGACCAUGAAGAAAAAACGAACAGACAAAUCGACCGAUUGAACAGAGAGUUGAAAGGCAAGGAAGCGGAAAUGAAGAUGGAUUUCGAAAAGCGUCAAGAAAACACGAACAGACAAAUCGAAAAAUUGAACAAAAUGUUGGCAGAAAAGGAAGCGGAAAGAAAAAACGAUCUUCGCAUGCAUGCAGCAAAUACGAACGAACGAAUCCAACAAUUGCAGGCACAAUUGGCUGAAAAACGGUCACGCCAUACGGACACAGAUUCAAGUGAUACAGAUACGAGUUCAAGUGAUACAGAUACGAGCUCAAGUGAUACAGAUACGAGCUCAAGUGAUACAGAUACGAGCUCAAGUGAUACAGAUACGAGCUCAAGUGAAGAUGAAAGGUCGCACGCAACAACACGACGAAAAACUCCGGAAGCAGAUUCAUUGCUGAAAGUUCUAGGUGAUAACCUCGUUUCAGUGACUAUUCCAUUGGCUAAAAAACUCUUCAUAGGAUGA